AUGACCCGAAACGGACCAGCCAACUUCAUUCAACCGACACAGCAACAGGGCGCAGUGAUGAUGGUCUACGGACUCGGUACCGACAUGGUCCAGAUGGGAGACGCCAUCGCAGUCGAACCAGUCGAACGCACACGGUUAGAAAAAAAUGUACAGCACCUCCAAGAACAAUCGCUUCCAUUCCCGAGCAAGCUUCUCCACUUCUUCAAUACCCCACCCGGUAUGUCCGAGGAUCUGCUUCUGACUGCAUUCACCACCAAGGACUGCCACCCGUCGCAAGUGCGAAUGUUCCCGCUGAAAUCGGAACGUUCCUCCUUUGGAUUGAUCGAGUUCCCGGGAGAAGCCCUGGCGAUGUACGCCAUCAUGAAGUUCAACCACAGCGCGAUCGAUCACAAAGGCACAAAAUUCCCGUUCAUUAUGAAGCUGUGCUUUUCCUCCUCCAAUAUUCGAGCAGUUCUAAUGGUUGGAUGGCCCAAGAUUUCCAGCGUCGGCCACGGCUACACGAAUUAG